AUGCCCGUGGCCGUCGAGACCAUGGCAACGACACCGAAUUCACAAAGCGCCAUGGACAGCGCAAACGCCGACAAGAAGCGCAACAAGUUGGGAUAUCAUCGGACCUCAGUCGCGUGUGUACACUGUCGGCGACGGAAGAUUCGAUGCUUGGUAGCGGCGGACGAUCCGCAGGGGCGAUGUGAGAAUUGUAUCCGAUUACGAAAAGACUGUCAAUUUUUCCCAGUCGACCAACAACCACCGGUGGAGAAGAAGUCGCGACCCAGCUCGAGGUUAGAAACGGCUUCUGCGGGGGGCUCGGCUACGACUCCCAUUUCCUCGUCGCCGACCAACCUGAACUCGGAGACGGUCGAUGCCUUUUAUCAAUAUCCGCAGGUCUCCUUGAACUCGUCGGGACAGGACAUGUCGACUUUCCCUCCCAACGCCUUUGCCGGGAACCCCAUGUCAGGCUUUGUACCAGACCGGUCUAUGGGACCAGCAGAGUUCUCUGGACACGCGAUAGAAUCAGGAGUUUGGGAUGACUUUACGACGAUAUCAGACCCUCAAAUGCUGGCCAAUAUGAACGCAAGCAAACACCAGAUGAUGAACCUGUCACCCAACGUGUGGCCGUCUGGAUUGCCGCCCAACUCCCCCAUGUCUGCAACAUCACCAAUGGCAGGCCAGGCACAGCCCUUGAAUCCCGGUGCAGCAUACGCCAUGCAGCCCGAUGGAACCGUCUGGCAAGUCCCGCAGCCGCCGUCAAGGGCCAUGAGUUACCCCGGGCAAGACAUGGGUUCUUCCUUUCCGAACCAAUUCCAACCGCAGAUGGCCCCCGACCUCAAGCGGAGGAUGACCACACCCGCACAACCCGUUGCCUCGCAAAGCCCUUCAGGACCAACCCCAGAAAUGCAAGCACCCCAAGGCUCUUAUCCAGCACAGGCCGGGAUGGGAUUCACACAGUGGCCCGCCAUGAACGCCAUGUCUGGUAUGGGGGUGAUGCAGUACCCCAUGUACGGGGACGUCCCGCAACAACCUUUCACCAACCCUCCUCCGAUGGGGCAUCCCGGCGGACCUGGACGAUCGGGUCCAUAG